AUGCUAGAGCACAGCAAUAGAUGCUCGAUACAAUGUGAAGGGAUGGUCCGAUUCAAGAAACUGGAAGAAGCUAAUCGGGAAUUGAUAACAAAAAGUGCAGGAGAUGCAAGGUGCAUUAGACGCAACAAAUGCAUUAAUUCGUUGGGAAAAGCUCGUCAGCGAUUGAUUCACGGACUUGAAGGUACGCAAGUGGACACCAUCAGGGCCAAAAGUUUUGCAAAUUCUUUGGGCAAAAAGUGA